CGAGACGAGAUUGGCAGCGGCGGGGCCGCAUGUGCCCCCGCGCUGGCUUUGUACGCCGAGCCGCCUGCCGGUCCUUUAACAAUGGGCGGCGCGAGCGCCCCGGCGCUGGGCCCGAGCUGAGGCCGGCGCUUUGCGGCCGACUGUCCGCAUCAUGAGCGGGGCCGGCGUCCCCCGCACGCCGGCGGGGCUGGGGCUGUGAGGGCCGCGGUUCCGGACUGAAGUUGCCGCGUCUGGCCAGGCGCGUCGCCGGGUCCCAUGGAGCUGGAGGGGCAGUGGUGGCGGGGACAGCUGGCCGCCGACAUUCAUCAAGCGCUUCGAUACAAGGAGCUGAAGUUGCCUUCCUACAAAGGCCAGUCCCCUCAACUAAGUCUCAGAAGGUAUUUUGCUGACCUGAUUGCCAUUGUGAGCAAUCGCUUCACUCUCUGCCCUUCUGCCCGACAUCUGGCUGUCUAUUUGCUGGACUUAUUUAUGGAUCGGUAUGACAUCUCCAUCCAGCAGCUGCAUUUAGUUGCACUUUCCUGUCUGCUUCUAGCAAGUAAAUUCGAAGAAAAAGAAGAUAGUGUGCCUAAGCUGGAACAGCUCAACAGCCUGGGUUGUAUGACUAACAUGAAUCUAGUAUUAACAAAGCAAAAUUUGCUACAUAUGGAACUGUUAUUAUUAGAAACCUUUCAGUGGAACCUCUGCCUUCCAACAGCUGCCCAUUUCAUUGAGUAUUAUCUCUCUGAAGCAGUACACGAAACAGAUCUUCAUGAUGGCUGGCCAAUGAUUUGCUUGGAAAAAACUAAACUCUACAUGGCCAAGUAUGCAGAUUACUUCCUGGAAGUAUCUUUGCAAGAUUAUGCCUUUCUAAAUUAUGCACCUUCUUUAGUAGCUGCUGCGUGUGUGGCUUCUUCAAGGAUUAUACUUCGUCUUUCUCCAACGUGGCCUACAAGAUUGCAUCGUCUUACUGCUUACUCCUGGGAUUUUUUAGUGCAGUGCAUUGAACGGCUAUUGAUCGCUCAUGAUAAUGAUGUGAAAGAGGCAAACAAACAGAGAGGACAGGCAGGAUCCCAGCCAGCACAGCUGAGUGUGUUCCAGUCAGCUUCUCAGCCCUCGCGGCCAGUUCACUUUCAGCAGCCUCAGUAUCUCCAUCAGACGCAUCAGACCUCACUGCAGUAUCGCCAUCCUGUAGCGGAACAACCAAGCUGUCAGCAGAUUGUAUCCACCACACACACCUCAUCUUACACACUACAGACGUGUCCUGCUGGCUUCCAAACUAGUGUUCAGGGCCUUGGGCAUGUGCAGACUGGUGUUGGGAUGUCACUGGCAAUACCAGUAGAAGUUAAGCCCUGUCUGAAUGUUUCUUAUAACCGGAGUUAUCAGAUAAAUGAACAUUACCCUUGCAUUACUCCAUGCUUUGAAAGGUGAUUUUAUGUGAAGGUAAUACCUGACCCAGACUGUUUGUGACUUGAAGCUCUGGGGCAAGCUUUUUGUAAACUUCUCUUCAAAAGGAAAGGGAUCCAGAUUGCAUCAGAACUCUUCAGAUACCAGCAUCUGCUAGGAAGACUGAAAAUCCCUUUCAGUGCGCCACGAACACCUGGGAGGACCGAACAAACACCGCAAACACUUUAACAGUAUGUAUAUCAAAUCCUGUUAAAACACAUCCCUAUAAUGACAAAAAUUUUCAAGCCCUGGCUGAUGGUCCAAAUAUUUCAAAAAUAUUCACUACAACAAAAUUUGGACAGACUCCAAAUCGCCAUUUUGAGAUUGGCCUGCGGUGGGCUCUGGGCCCAGUGUUGGCUUAUAUGUCAGAGACUAAUGUUUAUCUGUGGACUUGCCAAACGGUCUUUUUAUGAAGGAAAGUUACAGUAUUAAUUUUUGAAGAAGUCCUUUUUUUUUUUUUCCUGCAGUUUUGAGUUCCAUUUUUGAUCCACAAAUGAAUUUUUUACUAAGUUUAAACUCAUGAAUUGCUAUUCUAUACCAAUCUGCAGUAAAAGAAAAAAAAUUUUUUUAGAUGAUUCUAUAUAACUUCCUAUCACAAUAUAAGUAUCUGGAUUCAUGUACUAAGAUUAAGGAUGGAUUAGAUCUCUUAAAAUCAUGGUCAUAAGUUUUUCUUAUUUUUUCCCCCUAAGUGAUCAACCUCAUAUCUUUAGAAUUAAAACACAUUUAACUCAGGGAAUUUGUACUACUUGGAAACACUUGACUGUAAUGCAACAUGUUUUGGGAAUGUUACAGUAUGAACUACCUUUAUAACAUAGGUUAAAAUACUCUUGCUAGGAUGUGUUUUCAAAUGAGAACAUAAUUGUAGCUUAGAAUGAAUGAAGUGGUUCCUAUCAUUCAUGAUACAUACAGAGGUUUUGCAUUUCUCGGUGCAAUCAAUGAUUUAUACUCAGAAUUGAUGUUACUCUAGAGGUUUUUUCAAGGGAAGGCUUGGCUGUAAACUGUCAGUACUAGAAUGAAGUCCUGUAGGUUUAUUUUGAAAUGGAAUGUGGCCAGGGUAGUUCUCAGGUUGUGCUAGAGCAGCACUUUGUUACGUGGAAGACAAGUUUUAUAAGCAGCCUUUCAAUCCAGCCAGUCAGUGUAAGCAGGCAAAGGAACUGAUGACUAAAUUUCAGUAGCCACUUUCAUUACAUCAGCCCCAGAGCUGCCCUGGGACAUUUCACUGUAUUGGUCAUGAGUGAAAACAGCAAUAAUAAGUCAUUACAGCAAGGGCAAUUUGGGGAAAAGAAUUCAGAGGGAAUAAAACGUAAAAAGAAAGAAAGCAUUGUAAUAACUGAAACUGUAUACAUUGUGCUCUUAUCUGUGGGAGAACAGAGAUUUGGUGGAGGGAAGCUUUCUGAUUUAAAAAUUAGUAAGGUGUGUCUUUUUGUUGUGUGUGUGUGUGUGCGUGCGUGCGUGCGUGUUUUUAAAGAUAGCACUUGAAUAGAAGGGAAAUUGCAUGGCAGGUAUGUGACUGCCACAAUAUGCAUUGAAGACAAUAUUAUAAAUGUGUUGUGGGUAUGCAGCAGGAGUCUCAGUAAUCAAGCCAAUGGCUUUUGUUAGGAAAGGAAGGGACUCAACGCAGUAGUGGACUGAUCCAGAUGGCUCCAGUGGAUAAAUGUGGGUGGGUGGCUUCUGCCAGCAUGAAUUCUUAGAGAAUGUCCUUUCCUUAAAAGAAUGGUAACUUGUAUAAUAGAGUACAUAGGGCAUGAUGUGAAUUUAUUAGUCUGGUAGAUUAAAAACCACUCAGGUAGGAACACUCACUCAUGGCAGUUUUGAAGCAUGAAAAUUGUUUUCUGAAAGUAUCAUCACUUUUCCUCUAGAAGGCUGCUAAUUGGAUUUUGGUAGUUCUUACCUCAAGAGAGCUUGAAUUAUUUGGGGGAAAGUGGGUUCAAAAGAGAAUAUAUCUUUCACAUUCAGAACCCAGCACCUGGAGUCCGAUUUUCAGUAUUUUAACUACCUCAAUAAUGCUAUGAAUGUAAGAUACUGGGAUAGAGAUCCCAACUUGAAACAACAGCCGGUGCCUAUGGUAAUUUAAUGUCUUGUCAAAUGCUUUUAUUGAUUGGUUUAAAUGUCAUUCUUGUUAUAGAAGAAUAUGCCUUUUUAAAAAACUUAUAACACUUUCCCAGUUUAUAUUUAAAAAAACUAAACACUGGAUUAAUUUGGGGGGGGGUAGAAUAAAAUAAUUAAUUGGUUACUAUUGCUGCAUACCCAGGAUGGGGUGGGUGGGGUGAUUGGAGAAUCAGAACUAUUUUUAAAACAUUAGGUUUCAAUAUAAAUACAACUCACAACUGCUAGCCUUGGGGGACGGGGGUGGGGGGAGUUGUGUGGGUUUUGUUUUGUUUAAUUUAUUGGUUAGUCUUUAAAGUAGGUCUUUUUUCUUUCUUUUUUUUUUUUUUUUUUUGAGAUUACUGGACCAUCAUUAAAUGUGUACUGUGAAGAGAUUAAUGAUAUGUAUAAAGGGCUUUACCAAAGUCCACUAAAUAAACACUACUCAAGUACAGACUGCAAACCAAAAUGUAUCUGUGUUGUGACAUUAAUUGCAAAUAGCGAGUAUGGUGCUAAAUUCUACACCAAUGGAAUUAGAUGAGUGCUAUGCACUUAAUUUUAAAAUAAAUCUAGUUUUCAGUAAAAUGGCUUUAGUGUUUUGUUUUAAAUAUAAAUUUGAUAUAUAUUUGUAGUUUCAGUGAACCAUGUCAUCGUAUUAGUCAGACUUGGAAUCCUAAUUAUAUUUACUAAAAGCCAUCCAGAUGUAGAGUAUAACCAAAGUGGUAGGAAACGUUUGUGUAGUAAUUAUGUAUUCCAUACUGAGCCUCAAAGCCCACAAAAGUAUAUCGCACACAGCUUUUGGACUUUUGAGCUUAAAAUCAGUUAGUGUAUUAACAAUCGCAGCUUCUAAUUUAUUAAACAACACAUACUUCAGAAAAUUUGAAAUCUGAUCUCAGAAAAGUAGGGACACAAAACAGUCAAGGGUGUGAGAGGGAGCAGGGUCAACAGUGAGUGGUAGUGGUCUGUUCACCUAAAUAUAUCUUUUGUCACUUAAUUAAACUUAAAACUCAGGUAGAAAUUGUUUUGAAGAGUAAAAUUUUAACAGGUUUGUAUGUGUGGAUUAAGAAUUUCCACUCCUAGGGGCUCCUGGGUGGCUCAGUCAGUUGAGCAUCUGACUUCAAGUUGGGUCAUGAUCUCACGGUCUGUGAGUUCAAGCCCCGCAUUGGGCUCUGUGCUGACAGCUCGGAGCCUGGAGCCUGCUUCGGAUUCUGUGUCUCCCUCUCUCUCUGCCCCUCCUCUGGUCGCACCCUGUCUCUCUCAAAAAUAAACAUUAAAAAAAUGAGAGGAGUAUAUAUUAUUUAUUUCCCCACUGCU